AUGACUAAAGCUUUAACAUUCUCAAAUGUUCUUUACAAGAGGUUAUUACCACAUGUUGAAAAAGUCAUUGGAUGGUACCAGUGUGGAUUUCUUGGGGAAAGGUCAACAAUUGAUCAAAUACAUGCCCUGAGGCAGAUUUUCAAUAAAACAAUAGAGUACAGUAUUGGCACCUGCUAUCUUUUUAUUCACUUUAGAGCUGUGUGUGACAGCAUUAAUGAUCAGAAACUAUACAAGACAAUGGAGGAAUUUGAAAUACUGACUAAGUUAAUUAAUCUAACAAAAGCUACACUUAAAAGGGUAAAAUGUAGAGUUAAACUUGGUAAUGAUUUAUCUGAAGUUUUCUAUAUUGUCAGAAGUUUACAGCAGGUUGAUGCUCUGUUCUGUUUAUAUUUUAACCUGGCCCUUAAGAAGGCUAUCAGUACUUAUGGUCUUAAGGACAGAAAAAUUAUUUACCAUCAGACAAUAGAAAUCUUGCCAUUCGCUGACAAUAUUACUUUAAUGGGCAGAUCCAGAAAGUAUGUCGUAGAAUUAUUCAUUCUAUUAGAAGCUGAGGCAAGAAAAUUAGACCUAACCAUAAAUGAAGGUUGCCUUUUGAAAGAAGAAAAUAUGUUUAUCAAGAGUCGUGACUUUGCUCAGAAUUCUAAAGCUGCUUUAUCAUCAGCCUUCAGAGUUAUAAAAUCAGGACCUUCUUCAUGUCGAUAUAUUUGCCCAUUUUGUACGAAAGGAUUUAAGAACAAAACAGAUAUGGAACGUCAUCUUCGAGUACACACUGGAAGCAGCAUAGCAAAAUUGCGUCCAAGCAGAGCAGAGAUAGAAGCUGAAGUGGUUUUCAUUUUAAAUGAAAGUAUGCCUGCCAAAGAUACUGACUUCAAUGAGAGAUCUGAAAUUACUUUAUCAUCAUACUUAAGAGUUAAUAAACUGGUGCCUUCUCUAAAUCGAUAUAGCUGCUCAUUUUGUGGCAAAGGAUUUAUGUACAGAGCACAUAUGGAGCGUCAUCUUCUUGUGCAUAGUGAUAAAAAGACUUAUAAGUGUGAAAUAUGCUCAAAAUGUUACAAACACUCUGACUCUUUGUCAUACCAUUGUAAGACUGCUCAUCGAGCAUGA